AUCAGUGCCACAUCAAUGCCACAUAUCACUGCCUUUCAAUGUCACCCAUCAGUGCCAGUCAGUGCCACCUAUCAAUGCCAAUCAGUGCCACCUAUCAGUGCUGCCAAUCAGUGCAACCUAUCAGUGCUGCCUAUCAGUGCCAGUCAGUGCCGCCUAUCAGUGCCAGUCAGUGCCGCCUAUCAGUGCCAUCAGUGCUGCCUAACAGUACCAGUCAGUGCCGCCUAUCAGUGCCAGUCAGUGCUGCCUAUUAGUGCCGCCUAUCAGUGCCAUAUAUCAGUGUCAUGUAUCAGUGCUGCCUUUCAGUGCCCAUCAGUGAUGCCU